CUCUCUGGACGGUCUUUGUGCCGUCAGAGAGGUUUGCCGAACGAACCCAUCGUUCGGGCCUCGCUCAAGAAUCAUUCGUUUAUCGCGCAGUAUUUGAUAAGGACGCGUAUAGCCGCCAUCAACAGCUCGUAGGAAGAAGACACCCUCCAGUCAACACCAUAUUCUGCAAGCUUUUUCCAAUUUUUUCGGCACCAGAGGCAAGGCUUUCGCUUCGCCAUCUGAACGAGGAGAGUGGCCCAACAACUUGCAAUCUCCGCGGUGGACGCGUCAUAGGUCUGUGACCCGUUUCAACCGAAUCGCGUUCACGCGGUGACGACCAGGUGUUCUGUGAUUCGGUGCCGAUGUGAAAAAGUCCAAGUCGCUGUGCGGAACCUGCCGACCGCCGAAAUGCAGUGGGGAAGCAACCGGAUUCGCAAGAUCAGCAACGUCUCUAUUCCGUGCGUGGUUUGCCGGCAUUCGAGCUUCGAUGUGGCCCCAGUGACGCCUAAGGGGAACGGCAUUGUGAUCGGACACAGCUCCAGGGACUACUACGCUCGUAGGCGACGGCUCCAAGAUCCCGGAGGUAUGAUCAUCGGUGCCAGGAGGACCAGAAGACAGCGAGCGGACAUUUUGAGCGUGAUGGAGGACUACCGGCAGUCGUCGCUGAGUCGACUCACGUCCUGGUGCCUUUGGAUAUGGCACCUCCUGCUCCACCCCACAAACGCAUGGAGGUCCAGCACCCUGUGGAACAAAGUGCACCUCUUCUUCUGCUACAUUCUUAGCUGUAUCUCGGUGGGACACCACGAGAAAAAUACUUUGCUCGAGUGGGUACGCACCAGAGUCAAGAACCACCCGGUCCCAGACAACUUCUCGUCUGGCUGGAAGGACGGCAUUCUGCUCUGUGCCCUGCUGGACUCCAUGUACCCCGGAUCAUGUCCACGCUACGAUCUUCUCAACCCGGACAACUGCCUCAGCAAUGCCGAGCUUGCUUUCUUCCUAUUGGAGAAACACACGCCGAUAAGACCCGAAAUAACGGCAGAGGAGCUCGCCGAGGGUAGCCAGUGCAUCGAGAAGGCCGUGCGCGCCAUCGUGUCUCACCUCAAACAGAUUUCCGCCAAGACUCAGCUGCAGAGGGCACUCGGAAAGCGGCCGUCAAUCAAGGAGGACACUGAUGACUCCAACAGCCUUGUCGCGAAGCAGAACUGCUUCGCCAAAGGCAUGGGGCUCAUCCUGGCCGUGCGAGGCCGCAAGGCAACGUUCAACAUUUUUACGAGAUCUACCUGCAAUUUCUGCAUUGUCGUCGAGAUCAAAGGCCCCGACAAUAGCAUCUGCAAGGAAAUCAUCACCAACAAAUCGCCUCGCAGGAAGGUGACCAAGUCCACUGAAGACAGGGACAACUCCGCCGAUGAAGAUCAACUGGAUAAGAAGAUUCUCAUCGAGUACGACAUUCAGCCGGGAAAAGUGGCCGUCAAGUAUACUCCUGUGCUCAAAGGAAAGCAUCAACUGAGCGUCAUUUGGCACGGGCAGCACCUGGCGGGGAGUCCGUUCACAGUGAACGUCGACGACUCGACAGACUACGCGGAAGAAGCGAUGCUUAUGAGGCAAGAUUCUACUGAGUCGCAAGGCUCGGAGAAGGACGACAAGCCUAGCGUGGCCAGCGCGCCAACACUUCCGGGCCAAAUUAAAGGAAGGGUCAAAAGGCGUCGGGUGCUCAGGCGCAUUCUCAACGUGAACGGCCAGGACAUCGUGAUCGAGGGCGACGAUCCCGGGAAGCUCCAACAAGUUCUUCAAUCGAUCUCCAAGAACGCAUUCCGACAGAAUAACGGCGACAGCUGUCAAAAACGAGCCGCCACAACGCCGGAUAUAGGACACUUCAGACCCCACUUUUCUCCGUUCAGCAGCCCCGAAUCGUCUCCAGAGACGUACAGCCGCAAUGACUUUGGAAGCAAGUCAAUGUGGGACGCUUCCAGAAGUCCUUCAAAGUUGGCAACGCCAGAAAUCGUCGUGUCUUCCUUUGGUCAAACAAUGAGCGACGAAGAAACUUUCGAACGACAGAACGAUGCUAAGGCUGAACCGUUAGGUUCGGGCCUACAAUGCUCAACAGAGACGACGUGCGAGCUGGCCCUGAAAAUUCAACCCUGCAUCAAGGUUGAAGAGCCAUGUGUGUUCGAAGUUCCGCAUCGGGAGGACGCGCCGACACUUGACAAAUGUCCCGGUGUAGAUACGAACGUCGAAUCAGAACCGGCACAAUCAACUCCUUGUAGUAUUUCCCCUGAAGAUCAGACACCUGCUUGCCAAUCGAUCUGUUCUGAGCUUCCUCAGUCAGAGUUGCAAGACAACACCGGGUGCCUGGACAGUAUCCAUCUUGCAGAUGAUAGUAGCCUGAUCGACUCCUCUCUUGUUUCUCCGGAGCUCUCUGCCAUAGAGGAGGCUAGGAAACUUUGUAGAGCCUUGUCCAUCAUAUCAGAAGAAAGUGAUAAGGGCCCGCUAGAUCCAACCGAGCUUCAUGAUAUCGCUGAAUCGUCGAGUGGGGAAGCUCGAGAGAUGCUACAGGAUAUCGAAAGCAUGGAGCAAAUUAAUCAGAAGUCGAGUAUUCAACCCCUACAGGAAGCUCUUCCUAGCAAAGAGCGUUUACCUUGUAAGGUCAUUUCAAACCUUAAUGCUUUCUCUCCUGUUGUUCCCAAGAGCGUUCUUCCAAAAACCGGAUCCGCAGUAACUGUAGAAGCAAACACAAAACCUGAGCAAGCUGCAGAAUCGAAAAUCGAGGCGCUCUAUCUCGACUCCUUGAGAUUGAGACAAUUUUUUGCGGACAAACUGAAGAACCGAUCGCAAGCUGGCAGCUCUACAGAAGUGUCCUUCAUCGGCGAACGCGAAGACUUCAUUCCCGUCAAGGACAGGGUGAAAGAUUGGGAAGAGAAGCACAGCCCCGACUCGUCCCGGAACGCCGAACGAGCCGCUGCCUUCGUUCGAAGCGACAGCGUCGAAGCAGUGCGACCAGUUCCGCGCAGCAGAGAACACAUUGUAAAUCUAGUGAAAAACUCUACUCCGCCCGAGGACAGUUCUGUCGACUCCGACACUCGACCGUCGGAUGACAGAGGACUGUCCGCUUUCGGGGGUCAUGAAAAUCCGCCCAGGAGCCAGCAGAGACAUCGCCGCCGCGGCAUGUACCACAGCCCAGCUCAGUUUCCCACGCCCACCUCGCCACAUCAAGACGCCGACAAUCGCAGCGUCUGCUCUCAAGGACAUGCGAGUCAUCCCGGCACCCUAGACUCCGGCUUAGGAACGCGAGACUCCGUCAAUAGCGAAGAUCACUCGUGGCGGACCAAUUCAGACUCCUCACCCACUCGAGCCGAGGGCAGCGAACAUCGGAAGUACUGUCAUCAGAGCCACUCGUACGCCUUCUGGUUCGGCGACAUCGGACAGGGACCUCGCGCGAUGCGGUGCCAGUGCAGCGAGGGAAACCUGCGCAGGCACGUCUCCAUGGCUACAGUCAUGUCGGGGGACGAGCUUUCUUCGGGCGGGCAGUCUUCAGAAUCGGAAGACAACUCCUCCGACUCCGAAUACAUCGAUGAUCUGCCCAACGAGGGCUCUCUGCUGCUGGACUGCUACCCCGCUUUCGAAAGCGUCAAGUUGUCCAGCGACGUCGUCGGUCAGAUUUACUACGACGAGAAUGAUUCGGACCUGUUCGGCAAGUGGUCUUCUCGUCCAGAGAAGUGUGUGGCUUCCGGCCCGAGACUCUACUUCGGACAGGUUGGAGCCGAAAACCACUUCGAGGUAAGCACGAAAGACGCAGGAAGUGGGCCACUGUCAGUGAGCAUCCAAGGACCAAUGCAUGGGUCCGUCAUCAAAGUUUCUGUGACUUACUGUGGACUGGACAACUACACCGUGAUGUACAAAGUCAUCGAGCCUGGCUACUAUAUAGUCAACAUCAAGUGGGCUGACUGGCCGAUUCCCGACAGUCCUGUCAUGUGCAAAGUGACAAUGUGAACUGAUGUGUUGCGUGUUCCUAGUGCUGAAAUCUUAAGACAUCAUGCAUUCUAUUCCCCUAAUUUAUGUUUGUGUACCAUAGAUACAGUUGCCCUCAUAAUGUUUUAUUUAUUUGCAGAACAGUGCGCAAAAGAAUUGACCUUGAAAUAAACAUGGGUAGUAAUACCUGA